AUGACGAACGGCCGGAAUAGUAGUAACGCCCAAGGCGGGAAUGAGAGUACUACUAUACAGCAAGUCCAAAUGUAUGGUACUAUGGGGACCUUGGCGGAGUUCAGAAUCGAUGGCGACUGGAAUGUGUACCAGGAGCGGAUGGAGCAAUUUUUUUUGGCAAAUGGAAUUCCGGAAGAACGUAAGGUACCUUUACUAAUAACAUGCAUGGGCGAACAAGCAUAUAAGAUGCUUAAAGAUCUAUGUGACCCGGUCAAGCCAGCGGAUAGUACAUAUGAGCAACUAUGCACGGUACUGACUAGGCAGUUUGCUAAAAAAGUAUCGGUUUAUAGAAAAAGAGAGGAGUUUUAUAAUCUAAGACAGAAUGCUAAUGAGUCCGUAACAGACUGGUAUGCAAAGAUGAAAAAUUUUGCAGCACAAUGUAGUUUUGGAUCAAAUUUGAUACCAGUACUAAAAGAUAAAUUCACUACUGGGAUGAAGGAUGGUCCAAUCAAAGAUCGGUUGUAUGAAGAAGAAACGACCAAGGAUUUGAGUGAGCUGAUGGAAAUUGCAAUGAAGAAAGAAGCCGCAAUCAAAACAACUAACAUCGAGGUGCAUUCGAUUGGGAGAAGCAGGGAGGGAGCUAAGAAGAAAAAUGGUAAUGGUUCGCAGAAGAAACUAUCAACAACGAUGGGAGGCGAGAAGACUACGAAGAAAAACUAUGAUAAAGCUUGUUAUGUAUGUGGUCUGACAAAUCACAAAUUUUCAGAAUGUAAGUAUAAACAAUGUAGAUGUAAAAAUUGUAAUACGGUAGGGCAUUUGGCAAAAGUGUGUAAAACAGUUAAAAAUCAUUUUGUUGAAGUUGAGGAAAAUAAAGUUAUGGAUAUGUUUCAAGUUGAGGUUAAAAGUGAAAAUAAAUGCGGAUUAAGUCCUGUAAUGAUAAGUGUAAAAAUUGAAAAUGUAUCAAUUGAAAUGGAAGUUGAUUCAGGUGCUGGUAUAUCAAUAUUACCUGAAGAAAUUGUGAAAGAGAAGUUACCUCAUAUACACAUUAAUUCUACGGUGUUAAAGCUAGUUUAA